AUGAAAUUCUUGUCAGUGGCGCACACCGGCGCAGAGGAAGCACAAGGCAAGGCCGGGCGGGAGAAACAGCACUCUCGGUAUGCUGUGAGAGACGCUAAAAAAGUGUGGCUACACCGCACCAUUCUACAGCGACUGUUAAGACGAAGAGAUGAUGAGGACAACUUGAUGGAAUCUUCAACUGGCGCAGAGGAGUUGGCGGGGAAAGCACUGCAAAACGCAGUGAAUGCCGCGAGCGUUGCAUUUACGCGUGUCGAGCAAGCUACCACAAGCACUGAGUUAUGGGUGCAGCGGAUAGAUAUGGCACUGAAGGCAUGUGAUAUGCAAGGUGGUGAGCCAAAGGCAUCAACUGCCACAAGUUACAAGGCUACACUCUCCACCACGGUGAAGCGAACAGCACAUCCAUUGCUAACAAUUCGUCAAAGCAGCAGCGAGAUGACUAAACGUCUGGGUCAACUCCUGUCCCAAGUGCCCCGGAAAACCCUGGGGCAGUUGGUGAUGUCUCCAGCCCUCCUCAAAAGUAACCAGCAAAAAUGUCUGCGGAGACAGUGA